AUGCUGACGGAGGACCUUGCGCCGGACCCUUAUCCGCGGACAAACCUUCACGGUACUCACCCACACUCACAGCGCAAGGACAGCCUCAUCUUUUCUUUUCUGCUGCUGCUGCAUCGCGCGCAGGGACUGCUGGGGCCGCGGUCCACUGGGCUUUGUAUCCUGGGAAUCCGGGAGGGCGAGUGCCAAACAAACACACUUCAUGUCACGCCCGUGAUUGUUAUUGAUCCGAUAUCACCCACAAAGCAUGCAUCUGAGUGUGUCCAAGCUUUUCUGGCCGCAGCGGAAGGCAUAUCCGCGCGCGGCCCGAACGUUGGGCGAAACACCCUGACAAGCACAACAAACGCAAAUGUUGAGAAAAUAUCAGAUAAUCAUUCGACGGAGACCCUGCAGAUCAUCUCCCUAUUUGCUCGUCAAGUCGUGGCCCUUCUUUCUAUCGUACAAUGUUGCUUGCGCAGUGGGAAGUGUUUAAGCAGAACCACUGGUGAGACCACCCUUGCGACCAGCCUCCCGCGCCUUCUCGGAGCCGGGCUCAAAGGACCCGGACGACGCCUUGCCGCCCUCGGACGCGAUCUCGCGCUGUGA